CGGGGCACUCACCAAGUCUAUCAUUCGUAUCGGAAAACAUAAGCGGCAGCGAGGCAAGAAGCUCUCAAUGGACGAACGGCGCGUCGUCAGACAUUGUCGCGAGGUCUGCGCAUUGGAGAAGCUGAGUGGGAUAAACGCUGCAACAACACCACCCAUACAUCGACGAGCAGUCAUUUGAGGUGUCUUGGAGGGCAGAGGAUUUGAAGAUCUUCGAGACCGAUACACUUGUAUGAGUAUUAUGUGUACGUUUGCUCUCCAUAUGAACUUGACAGGCAGACUGGUGGUGAUCAUGCGCCUGCAUAAGAAACCUGUGGCCUCAUGGCUCUCGGAUUACGUUGUGCCAGGACGUGAAACGAUCCGCAAGAUGAUGAUGUUUGCUAUGAAACUCCAGUACAGGAAGGCCGAUAACACGCGAAAGUGCGUGGAGGCUCCCCAAGGCCCAUAUUCUCCCCGCCCUGUACGUCUCCCUUGUUCGGCGAUUACUCCCGCUGCUCAUAUGCUCCUUUCCACGUCGUUUUCCGCUAUCAACCCUCCUACUUUCACUAGCCCACAGCAGGCUAGCUGGCGUUUCGAAACGACGAGCAGUAGAUGCGUUUGGUGCAGCUGGCGCCACAACCCCAGAAUGGCUACCGGAGGUUCGACUAAUGCUAUUGAUCAGGAACGUAGCGUGCUGUCACUGGGCCUUAGUCAAGCUCUCACCAUUGAGGUGAAUGCAAUGGGAGCCCCUUGCAGAAGGACGAGGGAAAAUAAGUAA